AAACACAACAUAACCAACUCCUUUUGUCUCUAUGUACGUGGUUCCACACCACCAUGCACUUUGGCUAGAUAUUUAUCUCCACCCUCUCUCUCAUUGACAAGUCACACACACUCACUCUUGAACUGAAUCUGAGAGAAGAGGAGAGAGAGAGAGAGAGAUGGAAAACGGGACGGCGGAGAGAUGGGGAUUCAGGGGGAACGAGGUGCUGAGCACGGCGUCGGCAAUCACAAUCAGAGGCGUACUCAACGAGGUCAUGGGGAACAUCAAUGAAUCGGACCCCAGGCCAGUCAUCCCUCUCGGCCACGGCGACCCCUCUGCUUUCCCCUGCUUUCGGACCACCCAGAUUGCCGACGACGCCGUCGCCGACGCCCUCCGCUCCGCCAAAUUCAACGGGUAUGCCCCCACCGUCGGUGUUCUUCCGGCCAGAAGGGCCAUAGCAGAUUACCUCUCGAAAGAUCUUCCAUACAAAUUAUCACCAGGUGAUAUUUAUCUGACAAUUGGAUGCACACAAGCAAUUGAAGUUAUCUUAACAGCUCUUGCUCGACCUAAGGCCAACAUUCUACUGCCAAGACCAGGCUUCCCAUUCUAUGAAGCCCGUGCAGCAUAUAGCCGUCUUGAAGUCCGCCACUUUGAUCUUCUUCCAGAGAAGGGUUGGGAGGUAGAUAUUGAUGCAGUUGUAUCUCUGGCAGAUGAGAAUACUGUCGGCAUGGUCGUUAUCAACCCAGGCAACCCUUGUGGGAAUGUCUUUACAUACCAACAUUUAAAGAAGAUCGCUGAGACUGCAAAAAAGCUUGGGAUAUUAGUGAUUGCUGAUGAAGUCUAUGAUCAUCUUACUUUCGGGAGUAACCCAUUUGUUCCUAUGGGAGUGUUUGGAUCUAUUGUUCCUGUUGUUACCGUUGGGUCUAUCUCAAAAAGGUGGAUUGUUCCUGGUUGGCGACUUGGUUGGCUUGUCACAAACGAUCCCAAUGGCAUUCUCGAAAAACAUGGGAUUGUUGAUUGCAUCAAGGGUUUUCUCAAUAUUUCCUCUGACCCGGCAACCUUUAUUCAGGCGGCAGUUCCUCAAAUUCUUGAGAAAACGGGAGAUGUUUUCUUUUCCAAGAUUGUUAACAUACUUAGAGAAGCUGCAGAUGUUUGCUAUGAUACAAUUACGGAGAUCCCUUGCAUUACUUGCCCAAACAAACCUGAAGGAUCCAUGUUUGUAAUGGUUAAACUAAACCUAUCACUACUUGAAGACAUUAAGGAUGAUAUUGACUUUUGUGUGAAGCUGGCGAAGGAGGAGUCUGUGGUGGUUCUACCAGGGGUUGCCGUUGGACUAAAGAACUGGCUUCGCAUAACAUUCGCCAUUGAGCCAUCAUCUCUUGAAGAAGGUCUUGGGAGGAUAAAGGUUUUUUACCUAAGGCAUGCCAAAAAGCAAUAAGAUGGUUUCCUCUUUCUAGUAAAUGAGAAAUCCUGCUUCAUCUCUUCAGUUUCUGCUGAGGAUUUCGAAGGAAUGGUUAGUGUGAUGAUCAACACGCGCACGUUGAUCUCAUGUUUUAUUUAUGUUGGCAGAAUAAUGUGUUCUUUCCAAUUUCGUGUAACCCUGUAAUAAGAAAAAUGGAAAAGAAUUAUGUGUUCUUUUCCAAUUUCGUGUAACCUUGUAAUAAAAAAAAAAAAGUGGAAAAUAAGCCUCACGAUGAGAGAGGUGGUGAUCCAAGUUUUUGAUCUUAUGCUUCCUUUCAUUGUUUGUUUAUAACUAUAUAUGAAUAUCUCCUUUUCUUGAA